CAAAAUUUGAAAGAAAUGUCUCGAUCUUACGCACAAAAUUUGAAAGAAAUGUCUCGAUCUUACGCGAAGGGCCGUCCAUCAGUUUAUUUAGCCGAGAUUUGCCGACUCGUCUGCCGGAGAAAGGAGCUUAUACGAUUGCGACAGGUAGACAGAAAAAAAGGGCGAAAAACAAUGGAGGGGAGUACAAGUGCAAUGCCAAUGCCAACGCGAACGCGCUUUCUUACAAAGACGUACGAAAUUGUGGACGACCCAUCCACAGAUUUUGUCGUGUCAUGGAGCGUAGGCAAUAACAGCUUUGUUGUGAAGAACCCACAUUAUUUCUCCCUCAAUCUGCUGCCUCGCUACUUCAAGCAUGGCAACAUCUCCAGCUUCAUCCGACAGCUCAACACAUAUGGAUUUCGUAAGGUGGAUCCUGAUCGAUGGGAGUUUGCCCAUGAGAGCUUUUUGCGUGGGCAGAAGCAAUUGCUGGCUGGCAUUCGUCGGAGGAGGCCUAAUCAUCAGGCUCGGAACUUGGGCGAUGGGAACAACGAUGGUUUAGAAGGGGGUUUGCAGGGGGACGAGGACGCCAUUGUUGUGGAGAUUGUUCAGCUGAAGAAGGAGCAGGAAAGUAUUGAUAAGGAUAUGGAGGAUUUGAAGAGGCGCUUGGAAUUGACGGAGCAGAGGCCGCAGCAGAUGAUUUCAUUUCUGGCUACAGUGGUUAACAAUCCGAAUUUGAUUACCCAGAUGCUUCAGAACAAGGCGAGUCUCAGCAGCGGGAAAAAGAGGAGACGGGUGCCCUAUAACGAGGAAGAGGGAUUAAUGGCUGAUUUGGGGUGGGCUGGUGCAAAUGCCAUUACUGAUCCUGCGAUUGCAGAGGAGCUUAUUGGCCCUGAGCUGAGUAGGGAAGGGUCGACUGUUGAUGGCGUUGAUUGUAUCCCAACGGAUCUGAAUCUGAUUGACUCUGAGGCUAGGGCAGGAUUGCUGUCUGAGGAGCUGAUGGUGACUUGUUCACUCACAGAUCAACAUUCAGGGGCUUGUAUUGAUAAAUCUGGGAUUGAUAUCAAUGUGGCUGAGGAUUUGGGGGUUUGCAAUGUGGAGGACAUUUUAUGCUGGGAUGAAGAUUUCAGUGAUGAAACCCAGUUCACCGAUUGCAAUCUCUUGUCAGAAAUAACCCACAUUGACAAAUCGCCAAAUUCCAAAUGAAGAUGUAACGGCUGAGGAUCUCGUUGAUUCAAUUGUAGUUGGAGAAUAGUAAGGUUUCUUAUAAUGUCCUUUGUACUAACCUUGCCGUACGUUUGAAGGAAUUCGAGUCUAAUCCGGCGGGAGGUUUAUCACCUGCUUUAUCAUUAGUUUGUGUUCUAGGUCUAGUAGGCAGUCCACUGGGAAAACACUAAAUUUUUUGUCCAAUCUUCAAAUAUAUGCCAAAAUCAAACCUCAAAAGAACCUGCAAUUUUCUUUCAAUAAUUACACCCACAAAAACAAAGAUAUCUCGCACAGAAGCUUGAUGAACUCAAAAUACUUAUGUCCAAUUACAGCGGGGCAGUUCCAAGGGAGUGAACAUAAAUACAUUUAUCCUAUUGCAAUGUGAAACCCUUUUCUACCUUUAUUAUUUUUCUUCUGUUUUCGUCUUUCAUUUUAGAAGCAGAAACCUCUGUUUUUGAGAAAAAUUGGCUAAAUGUAUUCCAAAAGCUUUUGCCUAUUCUACUGUCUUAACUUUUUUCUUGUGUAACUUUCUAUUACUUUAUAUAAUCUGGAACAUGGUGGCAACUUUUUUUUGUUACACCGGGAAUCCCACAAGGAGGACUUAUUUACUGUCAAGUUGGUUGGGAUCUUAAGAUGCAUGCAAUCGCUCACAAACCACAUGCAUCUAGAUAAAUUCGAAUUUCAGAGUUCAACCAGAGACAUCCUAAUCUCAGAAUCGAACCAGAGACCAAUGAUUUUCAUGGCCCAAACCAGCUAUAUUACUUGUGUCGACGACAUGGUGGCAACUAUUAGUAAACAAUCAGAGCUUGCCAUUGAGCCACAAGCUACCUGGAGUUUGUUGCUCAGAGCAAGAAGAACAGAUGUAUCAAGUUGACAAGUAUUUCUUAAUGUGAACUAGAAAAGUGAAGCAGCAUCACUUGAGCGGUAAAUCUUAACUUAAAGAACUUUGUAACAUUGGCUGUUUGUGUGGUCUGCAUUCUACAGCUGUCUCUCAUAUUGCAAGGCUGUAUUUUUCCGCUACAUUUGUCCUCUGCCAAUUUCUUUUACAAAAUGUGUGGAAUGGAGAAUGUAGGUGGAAUAGACAGAAAAGACAGAGAUUUUACCAGGGAGUACCCUCUGUUCCCCUUGUCCACCAUGACAUCUGCUCAACAAACAUCAUGAUGCAAUUCAGAUGAGAUUUUGAGUUUUGAUUUUACUCACUAAAUGUGCAUUCUGUGUAUCUUUCUAAGAAGAUGGAGAAAUACAGCAUCACUAGAUUGUUAUGGCUGAUUCUUUUUGUGAAGAACUGUCUGUGAUUUUAGGCUUAUAAAUUUCAGGAAUGAAGAAGUUUAGAAUUCUUUUUA